UCUGAUAUCAGUGCGAGUAAAUAGGAACACAGGCAGCAGAGUCAAGUAGCUCCCGUCGGCCGCAUUCCCCCGCCCUCCCAUCACAUUCACUUUCCACACUCCUCUUAAGAAGGAGUCUCUCUGUGAGCCCAAACCGACCUCUCCACGAGCUCAGAGUUUGCACCUGAAGAAGAGAAAGAAAGUUCAAUCCCGUGGUCAACCCCAGACAUUAAAGCCUUUUGUUUAUAGAGCGAGAGAAAGAGAAAGAGAGACAUUGAGAUUGAGAUUGUGUCAGAGAAAAGAAAUCGUGAGAGUAUGACUUUGCGGUGACGAAGAGAGGGGACGGGAGGCGAGGCGAGGAGAGGCGAGGCGAGUCAAUCUGGGUACUUUAGGAAGGUGCGUGGCUGAGGCAGAAGCAGGAGAUUUGGAAGACGGGUUUCCGAAGAAAGGGAGGAGCAUGAUCAUGUGCAAAAAUCCUGUAGGGGUGUUAGGAGCAGGGGGGGAGAGCGAGCGCAAUUUGAGAGUGUCUGAGUUUGACACACCAGCAUAUGUGCCAAGCGGUUACUUGCGCAAUCAAUACAAUCAGCAGCUGUUGAUGGCAGAGCAGAACAAACAGAAUCAAGCGCAACAGCAGAGGAGAAGGUUCGAGAAGGCGAGCGCAGCCACUUCUCAGUCAUUCUUGUCGGAAUCGCCUCUCGAUCAACCAUGGUAUUCUCAAAGCAGCUCAGGCAGUCAGACGUUCAUGAAUUCCGCCACUCCCAGCGAUUUUAGCGCUCCCGCAUUUAAUUACAAUCAGGCCUAUGCGCAAAACUGGCAAGGAUUGGCACCCGUCAGUGAAGCAUCGCAGACUUGGAAUUUGCGCGCCGAGGAGAGCACUGGAAGUGAUUGGGGGCUCAGCUCGGAUUCAGGCAAAUCGUCCAUACUUUCGACGAGUUUCACUCCGCGCCUCGAAGAGUCCGAGAAGCCCGUGCCCGCCGAGGAUUCGAGCGCAGCGAGCUACACAGAGGAGGCUCCGAAGCGCAAACGCUACAGAGGUGUGAGGCAGCGGCCGUGGGGCAAGUGGGCAGCGGAAAUUCGCGACCCGAAGAAAGCAGCGCGAGUGUGGCUGGGAACCUUCGACACUCCGGAGGAGGCUGCGAGAGCGUACGACAGAGCUGCCAUCAAUUUCAGAGGGCUGAGGGCGAAGCUGAAUUUCCAGGACUCUCGCGACGUUCUGGCGGUUUCCGGAGCCGCGACGCAGGCCGAAGCCAGCGCCAGCAGGAGGAGCCCCCCGAAAUCCAAAGCCGCAGCUGCCAUCGCCAUCGCUGCCAGUCGAGCCGCUACUCCCGAGUCCGUCCUGGUGUCCAGAGCUCAGACUCAAAGCAUUCCCCAACAAAGCCCGCCGCCCGCUCACCCGGAGCGCCUCGGAGUGGAGGAACCCGCUUACUAUCCUUCGCAGAUUUCGUAUCCUGCUCAUUUCCGAUCUUCGACCGUGGGACAGCAGCAGCAGCUUCAGCUAGAGGAGCAGCGCAAGCAGUUGGAACAGCAGCGGAUGCGGAAGAGUCAAGAGCUUCUCCAGGGGAUUUUUUCCCAGUACAUGAGCUCCGCGAGUCAGUCAAUGAGUCUCUUGAGCAGCGGUGCCGGGCCAAGCUCUCACGGGAGCUCCGGUGAUCACUCGAGCGCUCUGAUGAGUUCUGGUGCUCACACCAGCACAAUCAUGACAACCGAGGCGACUCGUGACGACCGAGCCGCAAAUCCUGCCGUCUGGAUGCAGCAGCAGCAGUAUGUGCAGGAGCAGCAACAAAGCAGCAGCUCGGCCAAUGUUUUUCAAAAUAGUCAGCAUGAGUGGAAUCCUGUCAUGCAGCAGCAGCAACAACAACAACAGCAGCAGAGGCAAGUGCCGACGAUGAUGAAUCAAUUGGUCGACCAGCAACAUCAGCAGCUCCUGUUCCAGAGAGAUCAGCAACCCGCGCCUCAGGAAUUGAGCUUCGAGCAGAUUUUCGAGCAAGGCGGACCGAACGAUUGGGGAUUGAUCGACCCGGUUGAUCUGUGUGAGCUCAACAACAGCUCGGUGAAGGAGUUGACGGGCUUCAACGUGUGGAACAUGUACCCACAACAAGAUCGACCGGCGUCGUCCGGCUCAUAGAAGUCAGGAUUCGUGCUUGGAUUAGUACAAUUGCGCUUUGCGUCGUAGAGAUGACGCGAUUCGAGCGACCGAUGUCCAGUUCCAGUUCCUACGCCAAGCGCCCAUGGAUUUUGUUCCGGCAGCUUUCUGAUCUCUUCUGUUUAUAAAACUUCUUCGAUAUUCUACCGCGCGCAUUGGACUGCAGCUGGAGCUACAAUUUUGACUAGCGAUCACAGUAAUAUGGAUUUGACAUUCCAAAGCCAUUGAUCGACCAUUGACCCUAGCCAGCCGGUUGCAUCAGACCGACCGACGUUUCGAUGGGCAGUUUUACGUUCCCUCGGCUGGGAACUGAUUCAUUCAUCUCAGCAGGUCGAGAAACGUAGUGAUAGGGUAUAUUUUCAGUUAGGAAUUUGACGUAGAUCAUAGACGACCAUUGAACUCUAGGCCCUGCGAGUUUUACAUAUUUGUAACAUGAAAUUAAUUUUUUUCAACCCCGCCACAUUUAUUUCUUCCCAUGUACGUUACUGUAAUCUUCGUGCUCGUGCACACAGAGAGUUAAUAAACCUUUUCUC